UGUGCCUCCUCAGCCGUCCCCCCAGGCCUUUCCUCCUGGACCUUCAUUUUCUGGGCUCAGACUGAGUCGGCCCCUGGUUUUCUUUCUUUGCUUUCUCCCUGGUGGCCUUUCGUUCUUUACUUCUAUCCGGUGUAUAAUUAGCUUGAAGCUUUUUGCCGCUAUGUCUUGGUGGUCUGUCUUCCGCACAGCCCGGAGAGCUGUUUUCGGUGUAAUCUCUAUCAUCAGUUUGCUUUGGGCGAUUCUUCUCUCAGUCUAUCUUGCUCGGGAGUGGAAGCAUGCGGUUGAGGCGCAACGCGUGAUCGUUCUGCUGAUGAUAUGCAUGAACACCGUGUUCUCCGUACUACUAUAUCUUAUGAUCGUAGUAGUGUUCCAAAUUUGGCUCGAUUUUGCGCGAACAGUUUUCUUAUUUGCUGUCCAUUGCGGUGAGCUUUCCAGAUCUUGUCAUACAUGUACGACAUAGCUGAUGUGGUGUCAGGGAUUGCUGUGUCCUUGACAACUUUGGGGCAUACGUUCGAUUGUUCUCUCUUCAGUGCGUACAGUGCCACGCUAUCA